GCCCUCCCCCAUUCCCUUCCGGUUCCGAAGCUGGUUGUCGGUUGAACCCGGUGUAUGUGUGGUAACAACAUGUCGGCGCCGCUCCCUGCCAUAGUCCCUGCAGCUAGGAAGGCAACUGCAGCGGUUAUUUUUCUUCAUGGAUUAGGAGACACGGGGCAUGGUUGGGCAGAAGCUUUUGCAGGUAUCAGAAGUUCACAUGUCAAAUAUAUUUGUCCUCAUGCACCGGUUAUGCCUGUUACCUUGAAUAUGAAAAUGGCUAUGCCUUCUUGGUUUGAUAUUAUUGGACUCUCUCCUGACUCACAGGAGGAUGAACAGGGAAUAAAACAAGCGGCAGAAAAUAUUAAGGCUUUGAUAGAUCAAGAAGUAAAGAAUGGAAUUCCAUCUCAUAGGAUUAUUUUGGGAGGAUUUUCUCAGGGAGGAGCUUUGUCUUUGUAUACUGCUCUUACAACACAGCAGAAAUUGGCCGGUGUUAUAGCUCUCAGCUGUUGGCUUCCACUUCGAUCUUCAUUUCCACAGGGCCCCAUUGGUGGGGUUAAUAAAGAUAUUUCUAUUCUUCAAUGUCAUGGAGAUUCUGACCCUUUGGUUCCCCAUAUGUUUGGUUCUCUCACUGUUGAAAAGUUGAAAUUAUUGGUAAAUCCAUGUAAUGUAAGCUUCAGUACCUAUGAAGGCAUGAUGCACGGUUCAUGUAACCAGGAAAUGUUGGAUGUUAAGAACUUCAUUGAUAAAGUCCUACCUCCAGUUGAUUGACAUCAUUUUAGAGGCCUUCUUUAGAAGUACACCAGCAUCAUUGUAGUCGAGUAUAAACUUUUUCACAUGCCCAGUCCUGAAACUUUAAUUCUACUAUAGCAGUGUUACUACCAAUUUGCAAAUACAUGCCAGUGAUAUAGAUGAAAUAAUGUCUCUUCUUGGGAAAAUUAUGGUCUUUCAAGUUUCUAUACAUAUAUUUGUAUGAUAUAUGUUAUAAAGUAUACAAGUGUUAUAAUAAAUGAGGCAGCUGGGUUUUCUCCAAAUGUAAUUCAGCAUACUAAGAUAAAACACUGCAGUCUGACUUUUUUGAUUAAAUCAUUAAAAAAUGUGUUAGUAUGCUUAAUGAAAAUUUGUUCAGGUAUAAAUGAGCAGUUAAAAUAUAAUCAAUUUUUGCGUGCUGUGACUUAGUAUAAGGAUUUGCUCCAAAAUUGCUUUGUCACCAUGCAUCUUCUGUAUUUUUAUAUAUGUAUUCAUAUAUAUGUGUGUAAUCCAUAAUAGGAAUGAGGUGGUAUUACAUUAUCCCUGAGAAUAUGGGAUAAUAAUUUUAAGUGUCAAUGUGUAAGUAAUAUUGUGCUCUUCCAUCUUAAUGGCCCUUGUGUUUAGGGACCAGGCUCUGUUACUUUUUUUCAAAAAUCAUUUUUGUCUCAUUUUUCUUACUAAUCAUGAAACUCAUUCUUCUUGUAUUAUCCCUCCUAGCAGACCAAAUAUUUCCUUCAUACCAUGGCUAUUUGGUGUUAAUAUAUUGCUUUGAAUUGAUACCCUGAAUCAGAUAUAUGGAUUUAUUAUACAGUAUAGUCAGUAGGAAGAAUGGAGACAUCACUCUUACCUUUCAAAAUUGCUUAUUGUUUGUUAAUGCAAACUAAGAUCUGUUUAGUGCAACAAAUUUUAUAGGUUGGUUAAUGAGUAAUUUCAAGAUUUUAUUUUGCUGUAAUCAACUGGAAAGUAUGUUGUUAUUCUAUGUCAGAUAGUUUAAAUGUUUUCUGGAUUUUGAUCCUAAAGGGGUUCCUUUACUUUGUUAAUUUGAGACUAUAAUAGAAUGGGAAUAGUUUUCUUUGCAAAAGGUAAGGUAAUGGUUUGCUUUGUGAGAGCAAGUUUCUUACAUAUCUGAGGAGUAUGCCUUUAAGAAAACUCAAUAGAGAAAAAUUACUGAGGACCUUUUAUAUUUAGACCUAAUUGUCCCAGAAUAUUAAUCAUUAAUUUUCAAAUCUGAAGAUUCCUUGAUGACUGGCCUUCAAAUUGAUAACUCUCAAAUUUGUGAUGAACAUAAGCAAAUUAUUUAAUUUCAGCUAUUUUCCUAUUUGUCAUGGGUAUAGGAAUGCUGGUUUCAGUAAGAUUAAUGGAUUUGGUUUUGAGGGUACUUGUUUUUUAUUGACAUAGUCUAAACCAAGCACUGUGGAAAAUUCAUUAGCCAAUCACCAGAAUUUGCUUUACUUUUUUUCUGUCAAUUGAGCAAUGUGAGAUUCUGACUUUUCAAAUGCCUUUUUAGAAUUAAUUUUUGUGCAACCAUAAAAGAUAUAAUUGACUUUUAUACAGACAGAAGUCUCAGAUCACUGGGAAAAUUAUUGGGAGGCAAAUUUGUUAAUGUAUAAAUAGGGUUGUUUGUAACUAAUCAGAACCCUAUAAAGUAAGCAUUCUAUUAUUGGAAUACUUUUUAGACAUAGCAGAAAAGUAUGCUUGGAGUGUUAGAACUGUUAGUAAUUGUUCUACUGUAUUGCUCUGUUAUCAAUGCAUCUUUAUUAAAAUAGGUGCUAAUUGACACCUAGUGGAUAUAAUUUAGCAAUGUACUGUAUAGAAUAUACUGUAUAGGUUUUAAAAAUUUUAAACAAUCAUUUACUGAAUCACUUUUCUUUAAUUUGAAGAACAUAAACUGUUUUAGUUGUUAUGAAAAUCAGCAAGAUAUUACUACUUUAUUUAUGGUAAGAAAUCUCUUAUAUUCCGUUGAAAUGUUUUGCUGUAGAUGGGAAGAUGUACAUCUUUUUCACAGUUUCUAUCAAUGUGAAAUAAAGUUUAAAGCUGACAUUUUUGUGAAUGCUUUUAAAA